GUCACUGUCGCAUUUCGUCCUUUUUAUUAUUUCUGUUUAUUUGCGAAUUAAAAUCACGGAAAAAAAAAUACUCGAAAAUUUAUUGCUCGUUAACACAUGUGAUGUUGGAAUUUGUUUCCGGCUGCUGCUAGCAAUGAAAUUUUUGCAGACACUUUGGUUAUUUUAAGCCACAUCCUGAAAUCGUUCCGCGUUAUAAUAUUUUGCAAAUGUAGGCAAACUGUCGCAUUCAAUAAUUUCCUCUAUUUUCGGUGACUGCAGCUGUCCUAUGUGUUUGUGCGUGUGUGUGUUGGUGUAUGUGUAUGCGUACAUAUGUGUGUGCAUAUGUAUAGAGGUUAUAUGUAUAUCUAUAUAAUGUUUGAUCAUUAUGCAGACAAACAAUCCAAUGGACAUUCGGUCGUAACCUAUAGGUCCGUACAUAUCUAUUGUACUGAAAGUAUAGAGAAUAUUUUGUUCGCGUAUCGGUUUGUGUUUGUAUUUGUGCUUUUACGUUACUACGUACGUGCAAUGCAUAAAUGUAGCUGUUCGCCUGCAGGCGCAACCGUCAAUGGUGUCAGUGCUGGCGUGCGGCGGCAAACGCUGCAAUCAGAAGGCUAUGGUAAAUACCAGUCGCCGCCAAAACUCAGUUUAUUUAUGGCAGUUAUUGCGGUCGGAAUAGCUGUUGUUGUUUUUCCCAUUAAACCAGCAUCAUGUCAGGAGCACACGCACUUGAAUACGCCUCCUAUUCUGAUUAUACCUGAUCGAAAUUGGCGCAUCGCAGAAAACGAACCGGUUGGUCAGAUAAUUGCUCGCGUACGAGCCGACGACUCGGAAAGUGAUGAGUUGAUAUUUGGCUUGGAAUCUCAGUUUAAAGACAACCAAUUACCAUUUCGCAUAGAUCCCAUCGGUGGUGUCGUUUAUCUAAAUGAAAGUCUCGCUGGCCGAAGCGGCGAAAAUUUUUUCCUUUACAUUACAGUAACCGAUGGACAACUGACGGCCAAAAAUGAGGUUUAUGUUAAUAUUUUAUCUUCAAGCAAUAAUAAAAAUCAGAAACCUCGAGCAACACCACCUUCCAUAUCGAAUGUGGUUCAUAAUAUAUCACAUUUUCUGCCGGCUUUUGGUCGAUUGCCCGGCGUCCAGUCAGUACGCAAUCAGUUUCCAAAUCGUCGACCUUCUAAUAUAUUACCGCCUGGUUUUAAUGUCAAUGGGAUUUAUUCACCUCCCGUGCUUAACUACAAUCCCAGUCAACAGUUGCCAGUGUGGCCGACAAAUAAUGUUGUUGAUAAUGUAGAUGAAAAUGUCGAAUUGACAACCGCGCCUGUGACAAGCACAACAUUAAAAACAUCAACAACAUUAACCACAAGUCGCACUAGGCUAACGCCUAUUAAGCAGAAUGCUUCUACAUCGUCAACUUCAACAAUUAUAAAUGAAAAUAACAAAAAUUCCACCCUAAUCGAUGACGGCAACAGCAGCAGCAGCAUCGUUAAAAACUUUUCCAAUGGAGCGGUUGAGUUGGAUGAUUUAGCUGAGAGAAUGCCGACCGUUUUGUAUGGCUUUAAAUCACAAAUGAUUCCCGUCAUUUUGGUAGUUAGCAUUGUGUUCGUGGCAGCUGCUCUUAUCGUUGGUGUUUUAUAUCGUAAGCGUUUGUGUGCUUUUGGCAAAACAUUCAAGAAGAAAUCUAAAGAAGAAAUGGCCAAAAAGUCGAAUCAAAGCAAUUUGAGUAGCAGUAAUCUAACCGAUGAUAGUCGCAACUCAAUGGUUAUGCAGCAUUGGCACGGACCCAUGGCUUAUGGUAAUCGCUAUGUACCAUGGGAGAGAGAUCAAGCACAACAACAGCAGCAAUUUCAGUUGCCGCAUCAAUCAGUUGCAACUGCGCAACUAUCAACAAGUGCUGCAAAUGGCGGCAACACGACCGUCAUACAAACGGAUGUUACAUCCUGUACGUUGGGUAUAUCUAGUAACUCGCUCACCGCUGCCGUUGGCGGCAAUAUAAGUGGCAAUAUUGUUGGCGGCCACUGUACUCAACAACAAGAUAACAAAUACGAUCGUUGGGAAUUCCCAAGACAUCGUUUGAAGGUUUUUAAUAAAUUGGGGGAAGGUGCCUUCGGGCAAGUGUGGCGUUGCGAAGCUACUGAUAUUGAUGGACAUGAAGGCAUUACGAUGGUGGCAGUGAAAAUGUUAAAAGAGAAUGCAUCUGAAGUGGAGAAAAAGGAUCUUUUAUCGGAAUUAGAGGUAAUGAAGUCGUUGGAGCCACAUGUCAAUGUUGUACGUUUUUUGGGCUGCUGUACUGAUAAAGAUCCAAUUUUUGUGAUAAUCGAAUACGUGAAUCGGGGUAAAUUACAAACUUAUUUACGUAAUUCUCGAGCCGAAAGGCAUUACGGCAAUACACACGGAAAAUCGAAUAUCCUGACGUCAGGCGAUUUAACAUCAUUCAUGUAUCAGGUUGCAAAGGGUAUGGAUUAUCUAACAUCAAGAGGGAUUAUCCACAGAGACUUGGCGGCUCGUAAUAUAUUAAUAACGGACGAUCACACCUGCAAAGUCGCCGAUUUUGGUUUCGCACGUGAUGUGAUUACAUCAAAAAUUUACGAACGCAAAAGUGAAGGCAGAUUGCCAAUCAGAUGGAUGGCGAUUGAGUCAUUGUACGACAAUAUAUUUUCAACUGAAUCGGAUAUUUGGAGUUUCGGCAUUUUAAUGUGGGAAAUUGUAACAUUAGGAUCUACGCCUUAUCCUGGCAUAUCCGCUGCGGAGGUUAUGCGUAAAGUACGAGACGGUUAUCGUUUAGAGAAACCGGAGCAUUGCCGUCGUGAACUUUAUAAUAUAAUGUUUUAUUGUUGGGCGGAAAAUCGUCAUGAGCGACCAACUUUUGGUGAGAUUGUACAAAUGUUGGACAAGCUAUUGCAUACCGAAAUGGAUUACGUUGAAUUGGAACGUUUCCCCGACCAUAAUUAUUAUAACAUUGUGAACGUAAGCGGUGAAAAAGUGUAA